CAGUGGCUACUGACUCGUCUGCCUACAAGGUCAUCUCGCGCUCUGCGCCGCCCAAGGUCAACUUUGUUUACGUCCGGAGCUUUCGGCGACCGCGCAGCUUUCCGCGAAAGUUCGGCGGCCUCUGCGCCCAGUCCGGGGUGUUUCGCUCUUUGGACCACGUGGUUCAAGCGAGUCCUUCGUCGUGCCACCCUCGUGGCCCGGGUAUUUUUUCGAGGAUCCAAAAGUUUGAGCUUCGGCUUACUAGACUUUCCGGUUUUUUUCGCGUGUCGUAUUCUUGUAGUGUUUGCAGAUUUCAAGUGCAAACCAGUUGCAGGUGCAUUGUUUCGUUGCGUUAUUUUUUUUUUUGGCCAAACUGAAUAUUUCGCUUGUGCGUUUGAGUUUUGCAUUAUUUACUACUACUACUACUGAGCAUUAUUUACUACUGAAAUCACUGAGAGCAAUGUCGCGGUGUUGUGUGGUUCGCGUGAAGGAAGUUGGGUAUUUCCGUUGAAGUGAAACUUUUGAGAUUUUGUUUGUUGACUCAGAAAAUCCUCGUUGGGCGUGAUGGAAACUUGUGUGUUGAUCCCUCAGGAGUUGUCGCUUGUGCUUAGCUCGCGGUUUGAGCCCAGUGUCCGGUCCGUGAAGAAGACUCCGGACACCAAAGUGACUGUGUGGACGAACGCCCCUAUUCCUCAGGGAACUCUCAUCUACCCCUUCCAAGGCACCAUUCGUCUGGAUAAGCUUGAAGUCUACAAUUACCUCGACGAAAAUGAUAUAAGACAUCGAUUUGGCUGUUACGAUGAUAUCACGCAAGUGGCCGGUCGGGCGGUUAGGCAUUGUAAUUGGGUCCGAUUUGUCAGGACAACGAGGACGUAUAGCGAUGAUGUCAAUGUCGUCGGCACGAAAAUUAAAGGCGAACCUAUCUACGAAGCAGUCAAAACAAUAGGAGCAAAUUCAGAACUAGUUGUAUAUUUUUUACCAGAGCGGCCCGAAGAAAUUUUUUUCAUGCCAGCUGUUAAUUAUUUAAGGCACACACUGUAUCGAAGAACGAUGGAUACGAUUUUAGAAGAUUCCCCGCUAGACCUUUCAAUGUCACUGCUCUCGCGCUCAUUGAUGACGUCAUCCUCGUCGACGGCUUCGUCGCCGCCGUCGGGGGCGGAGACGGACGAGCGGAAAUCGCCCUCGGGAGACUCCUCGACGGCCUCCCUCUCCGGGGACAUCCUCCUGGACACGACGAUCCUCAGGCCGAACAACAACAACACCACCACCAUCAACAAUAACAACACCACGCACAAGAACCGCCAGACGCGAGGAGAGCGAACCCUCCUCCCCUGCGAGGUCUGCAGGAAGGCCUUCGACCGCCCUUCGCUUCUCAAGAGGCACAUGCGCACGCACACAGGUGAAAAGCCACACGUUUGUAUGGUCUGCAAUAAAGGAUUCUCAACUUCUUCAUCUUUGAAUACACACAGGCGGAUCCACAGCGGAGAGAAACCCCACCAAUGCCAAGUUUGCGGCAAAAGGUUUACGGCUAGCUCAAACCUAUACUAUCAUCGAAUGACUCACAUUAAGGAGAAACCUCACAAAUGUAGUUUAUGCGCCAAGUCUUUCCCCACGCCCGGUGACUUAAAAUCUCACAUGUACGUUCACAAUGGAUCGUGGCCCUUCAAAUGCCACAUAUGCAACCGAGGCUUCAGCAAACAUACAAAUUUGAAGAAUCACUUGUUCCUACACACGGGGGAUAAACCUCACGCCUGCGAAUUAUGUCACAAGAAAUUCGCCUUAGCAUGUAAUCUAAGGGCUCACAUGAAAACGCACGAGGGCGACACGCAAGAGGAGUGCAUCCGAUGCGGGAAGGUGUACCUCUCGUCGGCGGCGAAUCAGAUGCCGCGGGGCUUCUGCAGCGACUGCUACUCCUCCAAUCAGGGCGCCGGGCUCAUCAAGGACCACGGGGCCGCGCGGAGCAUCCGCGGCUGCGACUCCGCCAGCGAGGAGUCUUGCAUGACCGAGGAGCGCGAAGAGGAGGACGACAACCACGUCCACAGGGAUUGAAAAUCCGAAAUCCGAGUCCUCAAAUCCGUCCAGCCGAUUUUCAUCUAGUCACCCACACGUCGCUUUUACCGGGUCCAAGUCAGCCCGCCACGAAAAUUUGUCAUCUGUCGUUGCGUGGAGAGGCGAAAUAUUUGGGAGCAAAAGCACAUACAGACACAAAGCGUCGUGUUCCCGGUGGAAGAACGUAACUACGUUCCAGCGUAACUACGUUCCAGCGUAACUACGUUCCAGCGUAACUACGUUCCAGCGUAACUACGUUCCAGCGUAACUACGUUCCAGCGUAACUACGUUCCAGCGUAACUACGCUCCAGCGUAACUACGCUCCAGCGUAACUACGCUCCAGCGUAACUACGUUCCAGCGUAACUACGUUCCACCGUAACUACGUUCCGACGUAACUACGCUCCAGCGUAACUACGUUCCAGCGUAACUACGUUCCAACGUAACUACGUUUCAUCGUAACUACGUUCCAUGCAGCGUAACUACGUUCCAACGUUCCACAUUUCUACUCAUAUCUUGUAUUUUUAGUAAAAAACGAAAAUAUUUCAUUUGUCGUCUUACGUUCCAACUUUCCAAAUUUCUACUCGCAUAUCGUACUUUCAGUAAAAUACAAAAAUGUUUUAUUUGUCGUUGCGUGCAGAGGCAACAUAUUUAGAAUAAAAAACACUUACAGACACGAGGCGUCGAGUUCCUGAUGGAAAAAUGUAACUACGUUCCAUUUUUCCAAAUUUCUACUCGCAUUUUAUAUUUUUAGUAGGAGACUGUUUGAUAAUUUUAGCCGAGGAAGUCAGGGAUUUGUCUUCUGAUUACAUAUGAAGAUCAGCAAAAUUUUUAACAGAAAUGUCAGAGUUAUAGUUUUGAUGAAAAUUGCGUAUCUAUUGAUGCACAAUGUGUACUUAUGCAUUUUUCAUGAAAAAUUUUCAUCAAGUCUUCGAAACCACAAUAUUCGUUUCUUUUCUCUCAUUUUUGUAAGAUAUUACUGAGCAUUAUUGCGGUCAAAGUGUAAUAUAAGGAUCCUUAAUUUUAAAAUUUAAUGAACGUUGUGAUAAACUCUAUUAUUUGUAUGCUAAUGUUUUGAUGAUGAAAAUAAUGACUCUGUAUUGAUGAUGUCAUUAGAAGGAAAGUCCUUCCUGGAGAUUUUGUCAAAGACAAAUCAGAGGUCAUCAAAAUCAGCGACUAUUAAGGGCAUGCCGUCAUCGAAAAGAAAAUUUAAAAUCCAAAGUUUGAGGAUAGCUAUCUUGUGAUUUUUGUUAUUACCUAUUUAUUUAUUUUUUUAUUUAUGUUUAACUUAUAUUUCCUCAUAUUUCCAUUUCGGUUUUUUACGGUAAAAUGAUGGUCUGAUUUUAAAGCAGACACGUCGUUUUAACAGGUGAUUUGUGUUCCCCACGAGACAUUUUCGGAGCUUUAUGGUGUGCUUCCAUAUAGAGCUGUACUUUUUAAAGUUUAAGAACAGUGUAUCAUACACAGUGUAAUUUUAUAUUUGUAUGUAAAUAUUUGUACAAUUUCAAAUUGUUUGUAUAUUCAUCUAGUCAAAUGAGAUUCAUUCAAAUGUAUUCAAAAGUAAGUAAACCGGUGUGUCUGUGAAUAUUGAUCGAUACAUCAGUACAAUUGAUUGAUACUGGAUUAAAAGCAAUAACUUAGCUUAAAGUUGAGAGGUUCGAAGGACUUUUAUGACGAGAGACAGCAUAAAGAGACCGAAAGGUACUUAUUUGGUCCUUACUCUUACGUAAUUUAUUUUCAAGAAAGUUGACUCUUUCAGAGACAAACUACUAUCUUGUUUAUUGUAAUUUAUUUUUGUACGUUUAUACACUUUUCCACAAUACAUCCCAUUAUUUGAAUUUCGAA